UAGCUUCUCCAGUUAUUGAUUUCUUCUUCUUCAUUCUUCUUCUUCACUUCUCUCUGUGAUCUUAUCAGCAACCCUAAUUUCCAGUCGCAAAAUAUCAUUCAUCAUCAAUUUUUCUUCAUUUCAAUUAUCAGUUUUUAUCUUUCUCUUAACCUCAGCAUUCGCACUUUGAUCAAUUCUCGUGUUUUUGAGGAUUGAUCGUUUCUCAAUACCGGCUUCAGUUCCUGCAAUGCUCUCUGUUUCAAGAUGAAGCUCAUGGGGAGGAGGUGCCUGGAAGUGCCUCCCAAAAUCAGGUCUUUCAUAGAUGGUGUUACAGCAGUGCCACUAGAGAAUAUAGAGGAGCCCCUAAAAAAUUUUAUUUGGGAGUUCGGCAAGGGAGAUUUUCAUCAUUGGGUAGAGCUUUUUAACCUUUUUGAUUCCUUUUUUGAUAAGCAUAUAAAACCAAGAAAAGAUCUGCAAGUUGAGGAUAAUUUUUUAGGAUCAGAUCCUCCUUUUCCCAGGGAAGCUGUUCUUCAAAUUCUCCGAGUUAUAAGCAUAAUUUUGGAGAACUGCACAAAUAAGUAUUUUUAUAGUUCUUAUGAGCAGCAUAUCUCAUCCCUGCUUGCAGCUACUGAUGCUGAUGUGGUUGAGGCUUGCUUGCGAACUUUGGCUGCUUUCUUUAAAAAGACUAUUGUAAAGAGCUUCUUCAGGGACACUUCUAUUAAUUCUAAGUUGUUCGCUCUUGCACAAGGUUGGGGAGGAAAGGAAGAAGGUCUUGGGCUAAUUGCAUGUGUCAUACCUAAUAGGUGUGAUCCAAUCACUAAUGAGUUAGGUUGUACCCUCCAUUUUGAGUUCUAUGCAUCAAAUGAGUCAUCAAAUCCCUUGGAACAGUCAAAACAGGGUUUAGAAAUCAUCCAUUUACCUAACUUAAACACUUGUUUGGAGUCUGAUGCGGAGGUCUUAUCCAAGUUAAUUGCUGAAUAUAAAGUGCCAACAAAGUUGCGAUUUUCUUUAUUGUCACGCUUGCGGUUUGCUCGGGCUUUUGGCUCUUUAGCUUCCCGGCAGCAGUAUAUAGCCAUUCGCUUGUAUGCCUUCAUAGUCCUUGCUCAAGCAAGCAGUGAUUUAGUUUCAUUUUUCAAUAAUGAACCUGAGUUUGUCAGUGAGUUAGUUACAUUACUGAGCUAUGAAGAUGUAGUUCCUAAGAAAAUUCAAAUCUUAUGUCUGCUUUCUUUGGUUGCACUUUGUCAUGACCGUUCACAGCAACCAACAGUUUUGACUGCUGUCACAUCUGGCGGACACCAUGGCAUCAUAUCCAGCCUCAUGCAGAAAGCCAUUGAUUUGGUCGUUGCUAAUACCUCCAAGUGGUCUGUUGUGUUUGCUGAGGCUCUGUUAUCUCUUGUCACUGUUUUGGUCUCAUCAUCAUCAGGUUGCUUAGCGAUGUGUGAAGCAGGUUUUAUUUCUACUCUUCUACCUCUUCUUAAAGAUACAGAUCCUCAACACUUGCAUCUGGUCAGUAUGGCAGUCCAUAUUCUGGAAGCUUUUAUGGAUUAUUGCAAUCCUGCUGCUGCACUAUGCAGAGAUUUGGGUGGUUUAGAUGAGACUAUAUCUCGUUUGAAGCUGGAAGUAUCCAGUGUAGAAAACAGUUCAAAGCAACAAGGUGACAAUUCUGAUGAUGGGGGGAGCAGUUUGCAGGCAGUCAUGGGUUCUUCAACGGACCUCAAUAAUAUGCAUCCUUUAUAUUCGGAAGCAUUAAUUUCCUAUAAUCAGUGGGAACUCAUGAAAGCUUUGUUGCAUGCUAUAUCUGUGGGAACAUAUGCCUCUGGAAGUAGUUCUCUUGUUUAUGGCUCUGAGGAGAGUUUGUUGCCACAAUGUUUGUCUACAAUUUUUAGAAGAGCAAAGGAUUUUGGUGGUGGAGUAUUUUCACUUGCUGCGACUGUCAUGAGUGAUUUGAUUCAUAAGGAUCCUACAUGUUUUCCAAUGUUAGAUGCUGCUGGGCUUCCAUCUGCUUUCCUGGAUUCUAUCAUGGAUGGUGUUCUUUGUUCUGCAGAUGCCAUAACAUGCAUACCUCAGUGCUUGGAUGCUUUGUGUCUUAACCAUAAUGGUCUUCAGGCAGUUAAAGAUCGUAAUGCUUUAAUGUGUUUUGUAAAGAUAUUUACUUCUAGAACUUAUCUGCGUGCUCUUAAUGGUGAUACACCUGGUUUCUUGUCUAGUAGCUUGGAUGAACUCAUGCGACAUGCUUCUUCUUUGCGCGGGGCUGGAGUUGAUAUGGUGAUUGAGAUAUUGAAUGAAAUAUUGAAAAUUGGAUCUGGGCUUGAUACUUGUACCUUGUCUACUGAAUCUUGUGCUCCUGUACCCAUGGAGACUGAUAGUGAAGAGAGGAGCUUGGUUCAGCCAGAUGAAAGGGAUUCCUUGAGGGCAGUUGGUUUGGAGGAGGCAAAUGAUCUAUCUUCUGAUGUUCCAUUGGUGAACGUUGAAUUGUUCAUUCCUGAUUGUAUAAGCAAUGUGGCUCGUCUUCUUGAAACUAUUCUACAAAAUGCUGAAACUUGCCACAUGUUUGUUGAAAAGAAGGGGAUCGAUGCCUUCCUACAGUUGUUUACCUUACCUUCAUUGCCUCUCUCAACAUCAAUUUGUCAGAGUCUCUCUGUUGCGUUCAAGAACUUUUCACCCCAUCAUUCUGCAUCUCUGGCUAGGUCAGUAUGUUCAUUCCUAAGGGAACAUUUGAAGGCAACAAAUGAUCUCUUAGCUUCUGUUGGAGGGGCUCAUCUGGCUACUGUUGAAGUUGGAAAGCAGACAAAGGUUUUGAGAUAUCUUUCCAGUCUUGAGGGUAUAUUGUCUCUUUCCAAUUUUUUGCUGAAGAGCACUAGUAGUGUUGUGUCCGAAUUGAGUACUGCAGAUGCUGAUGUAUUAAAGGAUCUUGGAAUGGCUUAUAGAGAAGUAGUUUGGCAAAUUUCCUUGUCCAAUGAUUCUGUGUCUGAUCAGAAGAGGAAUGCUGACCAAGAAUCUGAGAGUACGGAAACCGUUGCACCAAAUGCUCUUGGAAGAGAGAGUGAUGAUGAUGCUAGUACUACUGUUGUGAGAUACAUGAACCCUAGUUCUAUUGGGGAUGGUUCUCAGCCCCUGUGGCCUGGAGAGCGUGAGUUCUUUUCUGUACGGUCAGGUGAAGGUCUGCUACUUCGUAGUCAUCAUGGUUUGUCUCGUAUAAGGGGUGGAAGGACUAGCUGGCAUGUGGAGUCUCUAAAUACCGAUCCUGAAGUUCCACAGACCCUGCUGGAGACAUCAUCUAUCCAGGAUUUGAAAAAGAAAAGUCCUGAGGUUCUUGCUGUAGAAAUUCUUAACAAGCUGGUUUUCACAUUACGCUCAUUCUUCAUGGCUCUUGUAAAGGGGUUUACCUCACCAAACCGUCGUAGGGCAGAUGCAGGAUCGCUGAGUUCGGCAUCAAAAACCCUCGGUAUGGCAUUGGCUAAAAUAUUUCUUGAGGCCCUUAGUUUCUCUGGUCAUUCUUCCUCUGUUGGGCUUGACAUGUCACUUUCAGUCAAGUGUCGUUACCUGGGAAAGGUAGUAGAUGACAUGGGAGCACUCACAUUUGAUAGCAGGCGAAGGACCUGUUAUACAGCAAUGAUUAAUAAUUUCUAUGUCCAUGGUACUUUCAAGGAACUACUGACCACCUUUGAAGCCACUAGUCAGUUGUUGUGGACACUACCGUACUCCAUUCCUACCACAGUUAUUGAACAUGAGAAGGCAGAUGAUGGAAAUAAGCUGUCACAUGGUACAUGGCUGCUCGAUACAUUGCAAAGCUACAGCCAGGUUCUUGAGUAUUUUGUUAAUCCUGCUUUACUUUUGUUCCCGAACAAUGCUUCCCAGGCUCAGCUGCUGGUUCAGACAGUUUCUACAGGCUUGUCUAUUGGGCUUUUUCCAGUUCCAAGGGAUCCAGAAGCUUUUGUACGUUCACUGCAGCAUCAGGUGCUGUAUGUAAUACUACCUGUCUGGAAUCAUCCUUUGUUUCCCAACUGUAGUCCUGGUUUUGUGAUUUCCGUUGUCUCACUUGUUACAUGUGUAUAUUCUGGAGUUGGAGAGGUGAAACAAAACAGUGGUGGCAUUGCAGGGAGUUCAAACCAGCAUUUCAUGCCUCCACCACAUGAUGAAGCCACUAUUGCUACCAUUGUUGAGAUGGGAAUUUCAAGAACAAGAGUAGAGGAAGCACUGAGACAUGUUCCAACAAACAGUGUUGAAAUGGCUAUGGAGUGGUUAUUUAGUCAUGUGGAGGAUCCUGUGCAGGAGGAUGAUGAACUGGCUAGGGCACUGGCUCUUUCACUUGGAAAUUCAUCUGAAAUAUCCAAAACUGAUACUGCUGACAAUUCAAUUGAUGUCUUGGCAGAUGAAGAGCAUCAAGUUGAGCUUUCUAUUGAUGAUAUUCUUUCUGUAUCUGUCAAGUUAUUCCAGAGUAGUGAUAGCAUGGCAUUUUCGUUGUCAGACUUGCUUGUGACACUUUGCAAUCGUAACAAAGGAGAAGACCGUUCAAGAGUAGUUUCUUAUCUUAUUCAGCAGCUGAAACUCUGCCCUUUAGACUUCUCAAAGGAUAACAAUGCACUGUCUAUGAUAUCUCAUAUUAUAGCAUUGCUUCUUUCAGAGGAUGCAAGAAUACAAGAAAUUGCUGCACAGAGUGGUAUUAUACCUGUUGCAAUUGAUAUCUUGAUGAGUUUCAAGGAUAGAAACAACUUGGGAAGUGAAGUUCUAGUUCCAAAAUGUUUUAGUGCUCUACUGCUUAUUGUGGAUAACAUGUUGCGGUUCCAUCCAAGAAUUUUCUCUGACACAAAACAGGGAAAUCAGACAGAAUCUCAGCCUGAUUCAUCUGCUGUGCAGGCUUCUUCGCCAGUUCCAGAAUCAACUACGGAAAAAAAAUCAUCAUCGGAUGACCAUGAGAAAGAGUUUGGCACACUGUUUAAGAAAAUAUUGGGAAGUUCCACUGGUUAUUUGACCAUUGAAGAGAGCCAUAAGGUUCUGCUAUUUGCUUGUGACUUGAUAAAACAGCAUGUUCCAGCAAUGAUAAUGCAGGCUGUUCUGCAGUUAUGUGCACGCUUGACAAAAACACAUGUGCUAGCUUUGCAAUUUCUUGAGAAUGGUGGUCUACCUGCUCUCUUCAGUCUUCCUAGAACUUGUUUUUUCCCUGGAUAUGAGACUGUUGCAUCUGCUAUCAUACGACAUCUCCUUGAGGACCCUCAGACUUUGCAAACUGCCAUGGAGUUGGAGAUACGUCAAACUUUGGGUGGAAACUGCCAUGGUGGUCGUGUUUCUCCCCGGACAUUUUUAACAUUGAUGGCACCUGUUAUCUGCAGAGAUUCGGUUGUUUUCAUGAAAGCUGCCACAGUAACUUGUCAGGUAGAGUCAUCAGGGGUUAGAACCUUUCUGGUGCUAUCCAAGGAGAAAGAGAAGGAGAAGGAAAAAUCAAGGGCCUCAGGUGUUGAACCUGGAUUAUCUUCAAAUGAGUCUCUGAGAAUUCCUGAAAAUAAGGUGCAUGAUGGAUCUGGUGGUAAAUAUUCCAAAGGCCAUAAAAAGGCUCCUGCUAAUCUUACUCAUAUAAUUGACCAGCUCCUUGAAAUUGUCUUGAAAUAUCCUUCUCCCAGAAGCCAGGAAGAUUACGUGAGAAACUUCACUUCUAUGGAGGUUGAUGAACCUGCUACCAAGAUGAAGGGUAAGUCAAAGGUUGAUGAGACAGGGAAAAUGGAAUCUGAAUCUGAAAGAUCUGUGGGAUUGGCUAAAGUGACUUUUGUCCUUAAGUUAAUAAGUGAUAUUCUUCUAAGGUAUAUACAUGCAGCUGGGGUUAUUUUGAGGAGGGAUUCAGAAAUGUCUCAGCUCCGGGGUUCUAAUCAAGCAGAUGCUUCAGCAGACAGUGGCAUACUUCAUCAUGUUUUACACAGUUUGCUUCCACUUGCUGUGGAUAAAUCAGGAGGGCUUGAUGAAUGGAAGGAUAAGUUGUCUGAAAGAGCCUCACGGUUUCUGGUAACCUUAUGCAGUCGUUCUAGUGAAGGUUGUAAAAGGGUAAUUAAUGAACUUGUAAAAGCCUUAUCUUCCUUCUUGAACUUGGAAGGCCAUUCAACUAAGAGCACAUUGGUGCCUGAUAAGAAGGUUUUUGCUUUUGUUGACCUGGCAUAUUCAAUUUUGUCAAAGAACUCAUUGUCCAGCAACUUUCUUGGUAGAGGAUGCUUACCAGAUAUAGCAAAAAACAUGAUUGAAGGACGGAUGUCUCAGUGUUUGACUAAUGUUCUUCAAGUGAUUGAUUUAGAUCACCCUGAUGCCCCCAAAAUUGUAAAUCUCAUACUGAAGUCCUUGGAGAGCUUGACAAGGGCUGCUAAUGCUAAUGAACAAGUUUUCAAGUCUGAAAGGCCUAACAAGAAAAAAUCAUCAGGGUCAAAUGGAAGGCAUGCUGAUCAGGUAACUGUAUCAGCUGCUGAGACCAUAGAGCAUAAUCAAAGAGGGAAUGUUCAACAGGUCAUUGCAAAUGUGGAGGAAACUGAACAAAGGCUAUGUCAUGGAACUGCACAAGCUGAAGGUAAUUGUGAUGCAACUCAAAAUGACUCUGUUGGUCAAGAUAUGAGAGUAGAAGUUGAGGAGGCAACUGCCACAAACCCACAGAUGGAACCUGGGAUUAAUUUCAUGCAUGAGGAAAUGGAAGAAGGUGGGAUAUUAGAAAAUACUGGCCAGAUUGAGAUGUCAUUUGAUGUUGGGAGUAGGGCAGGUAAUGGUAUGGGUGACAAGGAUGAUGACAUGGUAGAGGAUGAUGAGGAUGAUGAUGAGACAGAGGAUGAAGAUGAGGACACAGCAGAAGAUGGUGCUGGAAUGAUGUCUUUAGCUGAUACAGAUGUUGAGGAUAAUGAUGAUGCUGGUUUGGGAGAAUACAAUGAUGAAAUGAUUGAUGAAGAGGAUGAGGAUUUUCAUGGGAAUAAUCGUACAGUAGAGGUAAGGCGGAGAGAAGCCCUUGAUGAGUUAGAUCAUUUACAGGUCCUUGGUCAACCUGGGACUGCUAGUGGUUUGAUUGAUACUGCUGCUGAACCUUUUGAAGGAGUGAAUGUGGGUGAUCUAUUUGGUUUUCGCAGGCCUUUUGGUUUUGAACAGCGGCGUCAAGCCGGUUGGUCUUCCUUUGAGCGACCUGUUACCGAAGUAAAUGGUUUCCAACAUCCACUUCUCUCAAGACCAUCACAGUCAAGGGACCUGGGAUGGUCUUGGUCAACAGGUGCCAAUUCUUUCAGGGAUUUGGAAGCUCUGUCAGCAGGCAAUUUUGAUGUUGCUCGGUACCAUAUGUUUGAUGCUCCUGUUUUGCCCUAUGAUCGAACACCGAAUAGUCUUUUUAGUGGUAGAUUGGGUGGGGCAGCACCUCCACUGCUGGCUGAGUAUUCUAUAGGUAUGAACUCAUUGCGGACAUCAGGGCGGCGGGGCUCUGCUGAUGUUUGGUGGACUGAUGAUGGUCAGCCACAAGCAAGUGCUCAAGCUGCAGCAAUUGCAGAAGCAGUUGAGGAACAAUUUCUAUCUCAGUUGUGUGGUACAUCUCCUGUCAACAAUGCAGCAGAAAGGCAGUUCCAAAAUUCUGAAGUCCAGGAGCGACAACCAUCAGAUGCCCUUCCUCUGAAUGAUGGGAAGACAGAGGUAGAGGGUGAUUAUGCCUGCAGCCAGCAAAAUGAAGAUCAGCAUCAAGAAAGUGGGAAUGAAGCGUCACAUCAACUUAAUCUUUUGGUUGAAAGUGUUUCUUGUAGAGGGCAGCUGAGUUCUCAGUCUGUUGCUGUAGGUGUGAGUGAAUGUGCACAAGCAGAUGAAGGUAUGUCAACUCAGUCACAUUCUCUCAAUGCUGCACAAAAUGUGCUUGAUAACAUGGAAGUAGGGGAAGGUAGUGGAACUGCUGCUGAGCAAGUGGUGGUGAUCCGGGAGUUGGUUAGCUUAACUGCCGGCAAUCAUGCUGAUCUUCAACAUGACGGAGAUGCUGAUGUGCCUGUUAAUAUUGAUAAUGUGUCAGUUCAGGCUGUACCUCCUGAUGGAUUGUCUGGAAUGGAUGAACAGACUAGGAAUGUAAUGGAUUCUGGUUCAGAUAUGCCUAAUCCGGCUGUUUCUCAUGGGUCUUUGUUGCAUGAAAGCAUUGAUGUAGACAUGAAUGCCCCAGAUGCUGAAGACCAGCAAGCUGACCAGUCCAUGACUCCAUCUGAAGCUGCUGUUGAAGAGCCAGCAUCCAGGCAAACUACAGUUUUUGCUCAGGAUGCAAAUCAGGCUGACCAAAACAGCGGAAGUAAUGUGGCCCCAGGUACAAAUUUUAUUGAUCCUACAUUCUUGGAGGCACUACCUGAAGAUUUGCGAGAUGAGGUUUUAGCUUCCCAGCAAGCUCAAUCUGUUCAGCCUCCAACUUAUGUGCCACCUUCAGUAGAUGAUAUUGAUUCUGAGUUCUUAGCUGCUCUUCCCCCAGACAUUCAAGCAGAAGUUUUGGCCCAACAAAGAGCACAAAGAGUUGCACAGCAGGCUGAAGGACAACCUGUACUUUUGACUUCUUCAGAAGCAGGUUUUUUGCCAUCUCAAUUCCUUGAAGCUCAAAUGCUAGCAAUGAGGAGGAUUGGAUUGGGUUUGGACAGGCAGACAGUGAUGGACAGGGGUGUUGGAGUUACAUUAGGGCAAAGAGCAGCUCCUGCUAUUGUAGAUAGCUUAAAGGUCAAGGAAAUUGAAGGGGAGCCACUUCUGGAUGCAAAUGCUUUGAAAGCUUUGAUACGACUUCUACGGUUAGCACAGCCCCUUGGGAAAGGCCUUCUGCAGAGACUUCUGUUAAACCUGUGUGCACACAGAGUUACAAGGGCAACUUUGGUUAGGCCUUUGCUUGAUAUGAUUAAACCUGAGGCUGUAGGCUUGGUCAGUGGGUUAACAACAAUUAAUUCACAGAGGCUUUAUGGUUGCCAGUCAAACGUUUUUUAUGGUCGAUCACAGAUGUUAGAUGGUCUUCCUCCUCUCGUAUUGCGCCGUAUUCUUGAGAUCUUGACUUAUUUGGCUACAAAUCAUUCUGCUGUUGCAACUAUGUUAUUCUACUUUAAUCCCUCAACUCCUCUGGAGGUUACAAGUGCAAGUUAUUUAGAAACAAAGAAAGAUAAAGGAAAGGAAAAAAUAUUAGAUGGAGAAGCUGAAUCUAACGUUUCAGGAAAUUCUCAAGAAGGGGAUAUUCCUUUAAUGCUGUUCCUGAAGCUCUUGAAUCGACCAUUAUUUUUACAAAGCAGUUCUCAUCUUGAGCAUGUUAUGGGCUUGAUUCAAGUGGUUGUCAAUACAGCUGCAUCGAAGUUGGAAUCUAAGUCAUUAUCUGAAUUAACAGUUAAGAACUUGAACUCACAGAACCUGCAUUCCAAUGAAUCUUCUGGUGAUGUUCAAAGGGAUCCUCCUUUGUCGAAACCAGAAUCUAGCCAGAAGGAAAAACAUGUCAAUGAAGAGUCAUCUGCUUCAGAUGGGAAGACGAUGGUUGAUACCUCUGAUAUAUUUUUGCUGCUGCCACAAUCUGAUCUGCGCAAUCUUUGCAGCCUUCUUGGUUGUCCAGGGCUAUCAGACAAGGUUUACAUGCUAGCUGGUGAUGUGCUUAAGAAGCUGGCUUUCGUUGUUGUGCCCCAUCGAAAAAUUUUCACUUUAGAGCUUUCAGAAUUAGCUAAUAGUUUAAGUAGUUCAGCUGUCAGUGAGCUUGUUACGCUGCGGAAUACCCACAUGCUGGGUCUGAGUGCAGGUUUGAUGGCAGGUGCUGCAAUCUUACGUGUGCUGCAAGUUCUUAGCUCACUUACUUCAACUAAUGUUAAUGAGAAUAGGGGUUUAGACAGUGAUGGUGAACAGGAGGAGCAGGCCACAAUGUGGAAGUUAAAUGUUGCAUUAGAGCCACUAUGGCAAGAACUAAGCGAUUGCAGUAGUAUGACUGAAGCACAGCUUGGUCAGAGCUCUCUCUGUCCCUCUACACCCAAUAUCAAUGUUGGGGAGCAUGUACAGGGAACAUCAACUUCAUCUCCUCUUCCUCCUGGAACUCAGAGGCUCCUUCCUUUCAUUGAGGCUUUCUUUGUUUUGUGUGAGAAGCUUCAUGCAAAUCAUACCGUCAUGCAGCAAGAUCAUGUAAAUGUUACUGCACAGGAAGUCAAAGAGUCUUCUGAAAGUUUUGCUGCCCUAACCACAAAAUUCAGUGGCGAUUCUCAGAAAAAGGUUGAUGGUUCUGUCACAUUUGCAAGGUUUGCUGAGAAGCAUCGCCGGCUUUUGAAUGCUUUUAUCAGACAGAAUCCAGGCUUAUUAGAAAAGUCAUUUUCUAUGAUGCUGAAAGCUCCUAGAUUAAUUGACUUUGACAACAAGAGAGCAUAUUUCUGUUCAAGAAUAAGGCAGCAGCAUGAACAACAUCUCUCUGGCCCAUUGCGGAUUAGUGUUAGGCGGGCAUAUAUUUUGGAGGACUCGUACAAUCAGCUGCGGAUGAGGCCCACUCAGGAUUUGAAAGGACGUUUAAAUGUGAAUUUUCAAGGUGAGGAGGGUAUUGAUGCUGGAGGCCUGACUAGAGAAUGGUAUCAAUUAUUGUCAAGGGUUAUAUUUGACAAAGGAGCAUUGCUUUUCACUACUGUGGGCAACAAUGCAACUUUCCAGCCAAACCCCAAUUCUGUUUACCAGACUGAACAUCUUUCUUACUUCAAAUUUGUUGGUCGUGUGGUUGCAAAAGCACUGUAUGAUGGGCAGCUUUUGGAUGUUUAUUUUACUCGGUCCUUCUACAAGCACAUUCUUGGUGUAAAGGUGACUUACCACGAUAUAGAGGCCGUUGAUCCUGAUUAUUACAAGAAUUUGAAGUGGAUGCUGGAGAAUGAUGUGAGUAACAUGCCUGACCUGACAUUUAGCAUGGAUGCUGAUGAGGAAAAGCUCAUUCUUUAUGAAAAAACUGAGGUUACUGAUUAUGAACUUAAACCUGGAGGAAGAAAUAUCAGGGUUACUGAGGACACAAAACAUGAGUAUGUAGACCUUGUUGCAGAUCAUAUAUUGACAAAUGCUAUCCGCCCUCAAAUCAACUCGUUCCUAGAGGGAUUCAAUGAAUUGGUGCACCGAGAACUUAUUUCAAUUUUCAAUGAUAAAGAGCUUGAACUUCUGAUCAGUGGACUUCCUGAAAUUGACUUGGAUGAUCUAAAGGCAAACACUGAGUACACUGGCUAUUCGGCUGCAUCUCCUAUUGUUCAAUGGUUUUGGGAGGUAGUGAAAGCCUUUAGCAAGGAGGACAUGGCAAGAUUUCUGCAAUUUGUUACUGGAACGUCAAAGGUGCCGUUGGAAGGCUUUAAGGCAUUGCAAGGUAUCUCUGGUCCUCAAAGGUUUCAGAUUCACAAGGCAUAUGGAGCCCCUGAGCGACUUCCUUCUGCACAUACAUGCUUUAAUCAACUAGACCUUCCUGAGUAUUCCUCCAAGGAGCUGCUUGAGGAACGGUUGCUGCUUGCCAUUCAUGAAGCUAGUGAAGGGUUUGGGUUUGGCUAACUGAAGUUUCUAUAGCCGUAUCAUAUCACAGACCCCUGUGAACGCUGCCAUCCAUCCUCAGAUCUACUUGCACAUAGGGUGAUGGGUUUUGGCAGAUGGAGAUGUGACAAUGCAAGGAAAAUUUAUGCUCCCCCAGUCUCAAAGCAAGGUUCACUAAACUAUGCACACCAGAUUUUGAUGGAUGGAGAGUGUCCUCAAAGACAAUGAGUUGGUUUUUGCUUUUGUGCUAUGUCUGGGGUGGUAGUAUGCAUAGUUGUUGAUAUUAGUUUUUGUUGAUUUUUGAAAUGGUUAGUAUGGCCAAUGGCCCUUUGGAUUAGCGUAUGUCCCAACACCUAUUCAUUAAUUAGUAAAAAGAUAGUGACUGU